AUGUCAAAGCAAAUAUUUGAAAAGUUUGAUGGAGGCGAAGUCACCGACGAUAUGUUGGCGGAAGCGCGUCGCAGCUGUUCAAUGAAAACUACGGAAUCUGGGGCAAAGAUGCCGCGAAAUCAGGCGCAUUCGCGAAACCAGGUCAGCCGAGUUGGGUUGUUCUGCUCUCAUCUAUUGAUGGUAAUGAUAGGAAGUCGUGUGAGGCUCAGCAAAGACCGGCUUCGAGCACAGUAUCUACCCCACGGUGCCGCCUGCUCUUACGCUAGAGUUAGAAUUGAAGAUCGUCUUACCGGUAAUGUGUUUGCCUGCCGAUGGAACUAUAAUGGCAAAACCGUGUGUUGGGUCACUCAGUUGGUUGUCCAUCGCGAUUUUCGGGAGCGUGGAAUUGCAGUCAGUCUGUUGAUUCAAAUUAGGCAGGAUGAGGACGAAAUUUACGGCCUUAUGAGUUCCCACCCAGCUGCGUGUUUGGCAGCCGCAAAAGCGUUCGGAAAUGGUAUCGGCACUGUGCGCCUCGACUUCAUUCGCAAACAUGCCGGAGCUGUCAUGAACGCAUCUCCGAUCGGUUACGCCAAAGACGCCGAUCUACGUGGUAGUCUCUUUCAUACUAGGGAGACAAACGGAGUUGUUUCGUCAGUAUAUACCAACUUUUUUGUUGAUCACACCGAACCACUUGAGGCACUUGCAUGGGUGCGAGAUGGGCUGGAUUGGCCUCUUGGAGAAUUGCUUGACGGUCAUGAGUUCCUCUUCCUUCUUGAAGUCAGGCGCCGUGAUCGGUUGAGAUCUCGGUCGACUUCACGGCCUCAAACCGUCUCCUAG